UGGUUAGUCAGUGUGUACGGGGAGCUCAAGCAAUUGAGCGAAAGAACUCUGAGUCAGGCUGGCCUUCUGUCCAGAGCUACAGCUAGUAUUAGUUGUAGGGAAGAUAUCGGGCUUACGAAACUGCCUCGGCAGCACCCUAUACCGCAAGGUAGCCGAAAGGCGGGGUAUUCUUCCUUCCUUCCUGAAGCCUUUCUGGAAAGACUUCUGGAAAACCGUUGAACAAAUAUUGGUUUUUCAAACUUGCCGCAACGAUAAUAACAUCUAAUUGACAAAAUUAACCAUAUCCUGAAGAUUUCAACUCACUUAGAUGUAUUUUGAGUGAGCUAUGAAUUUAUGAAAAACAGCCGAAAAGCCUGGUUAUUGUAAUACUUAGAUUUCACUAAGCUCUAAAUAGUUUUCUAAGAACAAACAUUGCCACAAGACUCAGCAUAGUCGAUAAUCUAUGUUUUCAUGCAUUCGGAAGGUCCUAAACCUAACGACAGAGAAGUCCUAAGGCUUCAGGAAAAAGAUCUAUAGUGGAAAGAUCAAGCCUUUGCUUAGAUCUUAUUUUAUAGAAGACACUCAUACUAUCUACUCUCUUCGUGCAACCACUUUUUCAAACAAGAUAAGCUCUUUAGAAAGUAAAACAAACGAAAACUUUUAUUUUUUCCAUGCGACGCAGAGAGAGGGUUUGGAUCUCUUUCAACUCACCCUCUCCAUUCCUAUUUUGUGAAAACUUCCAAGUACAUGUGUGUUUUAAGAAGGAAAUGAAAGUUUGAAGUAUAAAUUUUAGGUACGAGUUAAGGCAGUUUAAACACUCAUUUUGUUUACAACAUCUCAUAGAUAGGUUAUAGCAUCUUAAAGUUUACUAAAUUAUAGACAAAACACUACCACAUGUUGAAAGUACACCAGUAUUAUAGAAAAUAUGAACAAGAUUGGUAUAUAUAAAAUGGUAUAUAUGAAUAUGAUUCUUAAUACGGCCUGUAACUUGUGCACAACUUGUGUUAUUUACACAACCCAGACCAUAGAUAAGAUUGAUUAAAAAUGCCAGUCUUGUAUUUAUAAAUUAAUAAGAAAUCAAUCUAUUAGACAAAAAUGCUUUCUUAACGAAACUGAAAUACAUUUUUGUUAAUUUCACACUUUGGUCUACCGCAUAAUUUUCACAAUACAAUUUCCUUCUAUUAUAUAUAUUCUUAUGAGGUGCAUGAAGUUCAUUUGGCAGUUUUCAUAUUUUCGCUUCGCAGAAGCAAAGCUGACAAGCGUUUUAUAGAAUUUGAAAAACAAUAAUUUAAUAGAAUUUGAGCUACAACUUCGAAUAACAAAUCAGCAGAUUCUCAUGUAUUAAUUAAUCAUGACGAAUUAGUCGAAACCUCACUAGAAAGAAUAUUUACUUUAAUUUCAUUUAGAACCAACAAAAGAAAUACUUGAAAUAUCGCAGCAACUGAUACUAAACAAAACACCAUCUCAACUCACUUUAUCGAAAAAAAACUUAACCGCUGAUGAUAUCGAAGUAAUUAGUAAGGGGCUCAAAGUCAAUCAGAGCAUAAAGGACCUCAGUGUGUCCAAUAACCAAAUUGGUGAUGCUGGUGCUCGAUCAUUAAGUGAUGCAGUCAAAAUCAAUCGAACUUUAACUGAACUUUAUUUGUCUGAGAACCAAAUUGGUGAUGUUGGUGCUCGAUCAUUAAGUGACGCCCUCAAGGUCAAUCAAAACUUAACCAAAUUUUCGUUGCAUCUUAAUCAGAUUGGUGAUCAGGGUGCUUUGUCAUUAAGUGAUGCCCUCAACGUCAAUCAAACUUUAACUCUACUUAGUUUGUCCAAUAAUCAAAUUGGCGAGAACGGUGCUCGAUCAUUGAGUAAUGCACUAAAAGUCAAUCGAACUUUAACUGAACUUUAUCUGUCUGAGAACCAAAUUAGUGAUGCCGGUGCUCGAUCAUUAAGUGACGCCCUCAGAGUCAAUCAAACUUUAACUAACCUUUCUUUGCACGCCAACCAAAUCGGUGAUUCCGGUGCUCUAUCAUUAAGUGAUGCACUCAAAGUCAAUCAAAGUGUAAAAGAACUGAAUUUAAUCAAUAACCAAAUUGGUGACAACGGUGCUCGAUCAUUAAGCGAUGCACUCAAAGUCAAUCAAAGUGUAAAACAACUGAAUUUAAUCUAUAACCAAAUUGGUGACAACGGUGCUCGAUCAUUAAGCGAUGCACUCAAAGUCAAUCGAACUUUAACUGAACUUUAUUUGUCUGAGAAUCUAAUCGGUGCUGCUGGUGCUCAAUCAUUUAGUGAUGCACUCAAAGUCAACCAAACUUUAACUGAACUUUAUUUGUCCAAGAACCAAAUUGGUGAUGCUGGUGCUCAGUCAUUAAGUGAAGCACUCAACGUCAAUCGAACUUUAACUCAGCUUAAAUUAUCUAAUAAUCAAAUUGGUGAGAAUGGUGCUCGAGCAUUAAGUAAUGCCCUCAAAGUCAAUCAUAGUAUAAAAGAACUGACUUUAAUCAAUAACCAAAUUGGUGAGAAGACAAAACAGAAUAUACGAACGUUGGCUCAACUAAAUAAAAUUUGUCUUGUUCGUUUAUAA